AUGAGUCGUUUCUCUCGCUUAGCUUCGUCGUCGUCAUCCUCGUCGGACGAUGACAAAGAUGAAGAAUUGUUCAUCGCAUUGCAGCAAACACAUAGUCAAUAUCAAGCUAUGCAAGUUCCUCGAUGGGGCGGGUCUGUACCAAGGCGUCAGUAUGUUCAUCGCGAUAGAGAAGCCAGGCAUUGGAGGCUGUACAACGACUACUUUUCAGAUGCUCCGACCUACGGGGCAAAUUUCUUUCGCCGCAGAUCUUUGGAUUUGGCAUGCUUUUUUGGUUUAGCAGGGUCUCACAAUGAUAUCAAUGUUCUUCACCGUUCUCAUCUUUUUGCAAAGCUAGCCGAAGGGGAAGCUCCACAAGUUAAUUACACUGUCAAUGGUCAUAAUUAUACAAUAGGGUAUUACCUUGCAGAUGACAUCUAUCCUCAAUGGGCGACAUUUGUGAAGACCAUACCACAGCCACUGGGAAAUAAGAGAAAAUAUUUUGCCAAGGCACAGGAGGCAGUUCGGAAGGAUGUUGAAAGAGCAUUUGGAGUUCUACAAUCUCGUUUCGCCAUUGUUCGUGGACCAGCCCAAUUCUGGGAUAAAGAUACCCUAAGACAAAUUAUGAUAGCUUGUGUCAUAAUGCAUAAUAUGAUUGUUGAAGAUGAGAGGGAUGAAGAUGAACAGAUGCAGUACGAGUAUGCUGGCCAACUUGUGAGACCUACACCGCGUGAAGUUCGUAAUCGUACUCCGGAGCUACAUGAUUUCCUUCAAGCUCAUAAUAACAUCAGGAAUAGGGAAACUCACUCUCAACUUCAAGAAGAUCUAGUUGAGCACCUCUGGCAACGUCAUGCAGACAUGUAUUGA